AUGACGACACCUCCACCUACACUUACACCUUCUUCAGCCAUCGAUCUUGAGAUGGAAAAUGAGCACUGGUGGAAUGCGUUCGAGCCUCUUCGGGAGAUUCUUGAUCUGGCUAAGCAAACUGAGCAAAAUCCUGACUCGUCGGGUGAGAGUCCCGAGGAUGAAACUCUUUGGGGUUCACCUCCAUCCCCUCCCCCCUCCCCCAAUGUCAGUGUCAACAUGACCCUGGCUUUUCCCGUUCCUGUUCCUUCGGAGGUGCUGGAACCAGCCAUCCCUGAGGAAAGUAACUUGGUUCCUCAGGAUCAACUACCCAUGGGCAAAGAAGGGCAAGUGACUGGCCCUGCCUCUGACAUUGGGCCCUCUCCUGUUGUUACUGAGGGCACAAAGCCCCAUAACCCGGAUCCUCAAUUCGCUUUUGAUGCCGACGUGGCCUCGAAUGAUGCCCUCAAGUGUGUCACUCCUGAGCUCAACGAGGCAUCCCGGCCCAAGAAGUCCCGGGCUGCCGCCAAAGGGAAGCCAAAGCGGAGCCCCAAGCGUGUCGCCAAACCACCAAAGCGGCUUUCUGCCCACAAGGAGGCUCAACAACGAGACAAAGUGGCGCUUCAGGAGGCGUUACAGAAGGCGCGCGAGAGGGAUGUUAGGGAGGCUGCUGAGAAGGCUGCGGCUGAGAUGGUUGCUGAGAUGGCUGCUGCCCUGGGGACCGAGCAAAGCACCUCUGCUUUCAUGCCUCAAGCUCCAUUUCACGGAGAUGAUGGCCAACUUUACGGCCAGAAUCUAUUCCAGACUCCAGCCCCGAGUCUUUAUACUCAGGCUGCUCCCUUUUACCAACCCCGUCCCCAGGUCCCCACUCAAUCUAUGGAUCAGGGGCUCUUCGGCCAAUCCCUCCCAGCGGCACAGUAUUCUUUUGCGAUGCCGCAGUACCAGUGCCAACAGUAUCAAAUCGGGUACAAUUGGUUUUGA